UCGUGAUGACUACGACUCAGACCACCACUCAUUUCUUCUCUCUACCUCUGUGGAGGCGACGCGGCGGCACGCCUGCAUAUUCGCCCCCCAACGCGCGUUCCACGGACGAGUUGGGGGCGAUCAACCCACAAUCCUCGCUUCCCAGCUCCGCCCAAUCCACUUUGCAUACCAGGAACAAGGAGCUUCCACCGACACCUGAACUCAGUCCCGAUAAUCUCAUCCCCCCUACUCGCCUUUACCCGGAUGCACAUUUCCCUCAUGAUGGCGAUGGCCUAGCGAGUAGCGUCGGGAGGGCUGCGGGGUCAAUGUCUGGGAAGUCGUCUCGUGCGUCCUCUGUGCAGCCUGCGUCCCGCUCCUCGUACGCACCCAGCGACUCCCACAACCCGGCUCAACCGACGGUUGCACUCGCUCGCGCUGCGCUAGGUCUCGGUCUUCCACAUGCAGCCCCCAUAUCUGUGUCUGCCUCAUCUUCUUCCUCGGAGGUCAACACUGUCGCCUUUUUCCCCCCGCAAUCGCCUAGUACCGCCGACCUCCGACCCCCCAAUUUCAUGGUCCGCCAUGCCAAGAGCUUUCACAAGGAGCCUGACAGGGCACCCGAAGACGCUCCUCCGUCGGUCACUAAAGAGCGUAGACGGGCUAGGGGUUUUUCAUUGGGUCCGUUGCAUCUUAUGACCUCUGAUGUAAAGGGCAAGCAGCGUGAGACCGAGAGUUCCAUUGUCGCUGACUCUCCUGAGGGCAAGUCUUUGACUCGGAAGAGCUCAUUCUGGUCCCGCAGAAGAGUCAACUCUCGUCCCGAUGCACUCGCACUCCCGUCGCCCACGCCGCAACCUACUCUUCCUACGUUUCCCCCUGUCUCUCCUUUUGACAUCAAUACCCCUGUACCAUCAUCUGGACUGUCGGUAUCGACUCAUAAGCCAGACCUACAUCGACGACAUUCGGAACGGAUGCGCAAGCAGUCGGCCAGGCAAGGGGACGAGCCACCUCUGGUCGAACCUUCUCCACAAGAGCCCAAUAGCACGAUCCAUGCGCGCCGACGACGCUCCAAACGACCUCAAACGGCUGAUUCUCCCCCUGUUGCUGGACCCCGCCUAUCCUUCUUUUCCGAGGCACGCUUGUUCGCUUCCUCCCCGACAUCUUCGCCGAUCCUGACGCCUCAAGAGGCCUCCGCACCCCCAUUGCCUUCUGCGCCCUCCGAUCCGCGAGCCCGCGCACAGACCAACCAACCGAUUCUGCACCGCCUGUCUGUCAACCUCUUCGGUUCCUCGUCCAGUAAUACCCUCACGCCGACUUCUACCAGCUCACCCAACAUACCUGAUGUCGCAACAGCGACGUCACCUCCUUCGAGUCUUGGCUCUUCUCGCCCAUCUCUGUCCAAGCCCUCUAUUGAGAUCCCCAAGCCGAACUCUGAGGAAGAGACUCCAGAGGAUUAUCUCCAACGACUGGUUGAGGCGAUCAGUAAGGGCGAGGUAGCAACCGUCUUGGCAUCGAGUGCGGAUGCUUUCCACGCUCGAGCGCUUCGUGCUUACAUUGAGCGCUUCAACUUUGUCGGAGAUCCGCUAGACGUCGCAGUACGGAAAUUGCUCAUGGAUGUUGGCCUACCCCGCGAAACGCAGCAGAUAGACCGCGUCAUCGAGGCAUUUGCUGCACGAUAUGUUCAGUGUAAUCCUAACUUAUUCUCCUCCGAAGACCAUCCAUAUAUCCUAGCAUUCAGCCUUAUAAUGUUGCACACAGACGCCUUCAACAAAUCCAAUAAACGUAAGAUGACGAAAGCUGAUUACAUCAAGAACACGCGGUUACCGGGGGUGGCCCCGGAGGUCCUCGACUGCUUCUAUGACAACAUCGUGUUUGCGCCAUUCAUUUUCAUAGAGGAUCCUCUUGACGUCAACGGACAACGGGGCCUGGUGCCCGAUGCUAUAUCAGCAAGACGCAUGUCUACCAUCAACGCUCCUGCGUCUGGCGGGUCUGGCUCGACAUUACUCGGAAAGAGCUCAAAGAUUGAUCCCUACUAUCUCAUCACGCGGAACCUCCUCGAUGAUCUACGGGUUGACGUGCAUUCCUUCAUUCCUCCGGAAAGCCCUUACCGUUAUCGCGGAACCGCAGAUUCUUGGGAUGAGGACGAGCUCCAGCGUGCCUUCGCACUAGCGGGAACGGUCGAACUGUCAAGCGUCGAUAGUAGAUAUGUGAGCUCGCCUUGGUUCACUCUCAGCGUGUCAGGUGGCCCAGGACCGGUGUUCCAAAGCACCGUAGGCUCGCUGCCUCCAUUGACAGCGAGCACCUGGAACGUCAAGGUUACUAAGGUCGGGCUGAUGCUCCGCAAAGAAGACAUCUUGGAGGGCGGCAAGCGCGCGAUGAGUCGGAAGUGGCGGGAGUGGUGUGUUCUUCUGACCGGAUCGCAGCUCAUGUUCUUCCGGGAUACGACAUGGGCCACCCACAUUCAGGCGCAAGUCAGUCCAACGGAUGGCCAUCUGGUCAUUCCUCACGCCGCCCUGCCUCAGCCGGAAGAGACGUAUUCUGUGCGAGACACCAUCGCUGUGUUCGACAAGACGUACACCAAGCAUCCCCAUACAUUGCGCUUCGUCUUGCCCGACCGCCGGCAGUUCCUUCUUCAAGCAGCAGAAGAGAAGGACAUGAACGAGUGGAUUGCCCGUAUCAACUACGCUGGCGCGUUCAAGACGGCUGGCGUGCGGAUGCGCGCCUUGGGGCUGUCCAACAAAGACAUCGAGCUCACCGGGAUUGCGGCCGCCGCCUCGCACUUGAAGGACGUCAAACAUCACUUGGGCCCAGGUCACGCCCCGUCUCCCGUCAUACGCACGUGGACCGGUCGUAUGUCGGAAGAUCUGGACCGGGCAUCCCGCGCCGCGGAGACUAAGGCCUCGGAACCGACGCGUGUGUCUGGUGGGUCUGAGGCUCCGCGCAUUAGGCAAGAUUCGGGCGGUUCCGUUGGGUCUGAUCCAAGCACACCUCCCUUUGAGAACACAUCGCGGCUGUUCAAAGCGACGUUCGACGAGGUCAAGACGGAACUCGCGGCAGUGCGAUUUCAGUCGCUCGACCAGAUGAGCAUUCGGUCCGCACGGAAACGUGCGUACAGCUUGGAAUCCACGCUCGGCUCGCCUCUCGCUUCUACCAGCGCGCAAGGGAACGUUAACACCAGCACCAAGCCGCGGCUCUCCUCUACGCGGCCGGAGAUCCUCAAGUCCAAGGUAGAGGACUUGGAGUCCAAACUGUCGCUGGCGCAGACGCAGCUUGAUACGGACAUGCGCUUUGUACGGAACCUGGCUGUACUCACUCCCUUCCAGCGCGCUACCCGCGAUCGACUGCAGGCCGCCGUGCAGGUCGUGGCGAAGCGGGUGAUGCAGGUCCGCCUCGACAUCGAGAAGCUCGCCUGCCAUCGGGAAGUCCUGACGACUGACUUGGCCGCUGAAGAGCGCGACUGGCAGCGGACUAAGCUUCUCGCCAUGCAAGCCGCGACUCAGAAGCUCACUGAUCAGCGUAAAGCCGAUCGAGAGGCUGAGCGUAUUGCCGAGCGGGAUGAGGAUGUCCGACGCCAGGAAUUGCCCAAGCUCACGCUGUCUGCGUACGUCGAUCAGACCGCGCCAGCCACAGCGUCGUCUCCGGUCACCAUCCCUCGACGUGCCAAGAUGUCUCGAGGCCAGGAGACGUCGGUCACCGACUCGUUCCAGACUGCUCAGUCUGGCGGCAAUUCUGCCUGGAACGGACGCCACCGCAGUUCGACUGUGACGUUCGGCUCUCCGAAGACAUUCGAGUCCUCGUACACGUCAGCUGUUGAGAUGGGCUGUUCAGUGGCGUCGAACACGUCCUUGCCGUCCCCGGACUCCCCGGAGAGGCGUCGUGCAGUCCCACUUGCCGCCCAGGCUUCUCUCGAUAGCACGGCUAGCACGGAUGAUGGCGCAGGCACGAUCGGCACCCACGAGAAAUUCUACACCGCGCCGGAGAUGCUUGAGGAGCAGGCGGAGGAGUGGAACAAGACCCGGGCUGCGAAGAGGGUCUCGCUCGUGAAACUCCCGUCUGACCUCCGUAUCUCGAUGCUCUUCGGGAAGCACGCUCGAGACCAAACGAGCACGCCGGAAGUCGCGGAAGAUCGCUCGUCGACGCCCGCUGGCUCGCCUACGCUGAGAAGACGAAGUCUUAGCCCUUACGAGCAACAGUCGAGCGCCACUGUGGCCAUGUUGGACCUGUGAGGUUAUUCACACAGUGGGGGCAAUAGCAGGGUGGCGUUAUGUCGUGUUUGUCGUGUGUCGUUGGUAUCAUUCGCACUUGUGUUCAUUCAUUGCAUUUAUUGGAUUGUCCAGGGACCCUGUCACGCUAGUCAUAUUCGCUCGUUCACUCUUACUGUUGCAAUUCCUUUGCAUCUUCUGCAUUUUUCUAGCACGUUUUAGAUAGACUCGC